UAUGAUUUUUAAUUUGACCACACAAUAACACACUUGACACAUUUCGUUCACUUAAUUAUCAUUGGCCAUGGGUUCAAUAUUAAAGGAGAUUGUAUGCCAGAUAAAAGAAAUACAGUCCGAUUUGAAGAAUGACACCCAUGUAUGUCCGACUAGCGGGGAAUGGAGCCGCAAAGAAGUUCGCAAAAUGAAGAUCUGCUUGGGAAAGAUAAUUCUUUUCACAAGGUCCUUGAGGGAGACAUUUGCGGAAAACCAAGAGUCCGGGGAUGAAGGCGAAUCCUUGAAGGCUUUAGUUCUGUUGCGAUGUACUCGAUAUAUUAAGCGCUUGUCUAUGGUAAUGACACUACUUGAGACUGAAGAAGGCUUAAAUAAAGUGAAUAAAACGCUCUUUCAACUGGACGUUGAUACCAUUCUUUUUGAACUGGAGUGUAUUGUCAAGGAGGCCUUGAAGUCUCUUUCAGUGCCGCAAUUCCCAAUUCCCCCAUACCAAGAGCCAUCUUGUAGUACCUCAGAAACUUUAGUAGAAGAUAGUCACAUUUGUGAGUUAAAUAAAUUGCGGCUAAAGUUGAGAAAUGCAGAGAAAAAUAAGGAACUAGAAAUAAUGGGCCAGAAUUUAAUUAUAAUGCAGCAGAAAACUUUGGUCCUUCAGGCCAGUAAAAAUCAAAAAGCAGCGGAACAAAGACUAGCUGAGGAGCAGGAUCGCAUCAAGGCACUUGAAGAAUGUCUAUCUAACUACAAGUUGCAGUUGAAGAACGUCACCGAACAGCAUCAGAAAUUGAAGAAAGCCAGCAAUCAAUUAAUUAGGGAGAGCAAUCAGAUUAGGCCACAGAAAAGUUGGAAUGUGCUGGUGGGGCGGAGAAAAGGAAGAAUAUCGACUAGGACCAAUUUCGUAUGGAAGUCGCUUAAGCUAGAUCAAUCGGAACGGGAAACUCUUAUGGAACUAAAGAAGCGCCUUAGCGAGGAAAAAGAAAUUAAGUUGAGAGCCAAGACCGAAAUGCGUAAAAUCAGAAAGGACAUGGACGAGCUGUGUCUUGGUAAAGGAGACUUAAAGCUUAAAUUUGGAUUACAAAAUGAGGGUGAAUCAUAUGCCAGAAAGGAUACUUUGGAUGUCAUUAAUAAGUCCUUGCGCGCACUUUUCCAAUACAACAGGCUUAAAUUUCCGGACUGCAACUUCAAAUUGAGCCGCCUAAUGAAAUGUCUUUAUGGCAACAUAAUUACGAUCCGAGAAAGAUGGAUCCGAAAAAUUAGCAGUGCAGUGGAACCAAAACCAAGCUGUUUAAAAAGUAAUACUCGCUCAUUACCAGAGCCCCCAAAGAAAGUUUCUUUCUCAACCGACUUAUUUUGGGACAAGAUAUACAAGCCCUGCACCCAAAUAACACCUGUUAUUCCCAAUACGAGUUUGAUCGCGGUUCUGCCGAAGAAUGAGCCAAUAUCGCUACAGCUAUCCACUGAGUCUUUAGUUCCACAGAAAGUGGCUCCCCGCCCCACCACUACAGUACCGUGGCCGAAGUACCUGGGAAAAACAUUCGGAGAUCGACGCCUGAGCCUGCUCCGCUGGUGCCAAGAGAGGGUUAAGCCGUACGGAAUUCCAAUGUACGAGUUUUGUGCCUCAUGGAUUAGUGGCCGUGCUCUGUGCGCCAUCAUGCACUCCUAUCUUCCCGACCUCGUUGACGAAACAUACCUCGUCAAUAAGAAACCCCAAGAAGUCUUAGCAUAUGGUAUUAAAAUGGCCAAAUCAAUUGGUGUUUCUGAUUCCGUCGACCUAUUUAGGGAGCUCCGCCAGGGGCGUCCCAACUUAGAGAAGAUCGUCGAUUUCGUAGAGGAGCUGCAAGGCCGUCUUGAUUUGUAUAAUACAAAUAUAUGAGUAAAAAUUUUAAAUUCUUUUAGAUUUGUACGCAUAUAUUUCAUAGCUACAAUAAAAUAUAUUUUAAAACG